AUGCAAACUUCUAAACCAGCGGCUUUGAAAAGCCCUUCAAUCCGCAAAACUGUACAAACUAACAUCGUUCAAAAAUUAAAAAAUAAAACCACAUCAACCAUUACAUCCAAAAUCAUCGCUAAACCUAUUUCAACCAAAACAACAUCAGACCUCAAGCUUCAACAACAAUCUACCUCAACAAAGAUACCCAUCGUUAAUUACCCAGAAACCCCAUCCAACACGGACAAUAGUAAACAAUCUUUUGCUUCUACUGUCGCUAAUAGCUUAAUACCGAAAAAAGACCAAGCUAUAGUAAUUGAUAUAAACGUGAGCUUACCACAUAAAGAUUACGUAAUCGCUAUCGGCAAACUAGUUCAACCUUCUAAUAUUCUAUUUGCGUCACGCAUAUCUAAAGAACGUAUAUGUAUAUUCCUAUCGAGCAAGACAUUAGUUGAUAAUCUAAUUGAAAAUCACCCAUCUAUCCUAAUACAAGAACAACAUUUCAAAUUACGUAAACUAUACAACCCAAACAAAAGAGUCAUCCUGUCCAACGUAUACCCCAACAUACCUCCGGACGUUAUCGCAAACGAAUUCGCCAAACUAAAUAUAUCUCUCUGCAGCCCGAUAACUUUUUUAAAGGCUGGAAUCCAAGUCGAAGAUUUUACACACAUUUUAAGCUUUCGUCGCCAAACGUUUAUUAAACACGAAGAUCUGUCUAAAAUUCCUACAUCAAUUCUUAUCAAUUACGAAGACACUAACUAUAGAAUUUUUUUAUCCGACGACUCCCUAAACUGCUUCAUUUGCCAGUCCCAAGGACAUAUAGCAUCCCAAUGCCCAAAUCAAAAUAUUUCAAGCAGCAAAACUUCAAAUGAAAAUAAUGCCAUACUCGACCUAAACAUAACUUCAAAACUAGAUGUGUCUCUAAAUAAAGACAAUACACCUACAGAAGCACACCCCUCAUCAGCACCCACAACUCCCCUACUAGAGCCUCUAAAGAUUCUUUCUGAACCCCCUCCUCAAUACAAUCCACCAGCUACUACUUCUACCCCAACCCUAAUUGAGCUCCAAGAUCUAGAAUCAACUCCAAACACAGACAUAACAGAAAUGGAUCUAGAUCAACCAUGUGGCACCAAAAGGUCGCUGCCAGAUUCGUUUUACACUCAAUCUGCUCCUUCGUCUCCAAUGGAUCUAGCUCAAGAAACAAACGAAAUGCGUGCUCCUUCAAACUGGGAAACCCCCCAAAUCAAAACACUAGAAAAAAAAAAAAAGAAUAAGAAAACUAAAUCCGCUUCCUUAAAAAAAUUUUUAGAAAAUAUAGACACUUAUCUAGAACCUACACAACAUUUGUUCAACGACCUAAAUAGUUUUAAAAUCGACUAUGACACCUUUAAACAUAUUUUAGAAAAUAAUCAAGGCCCCUUCGAUCCUCCAUCAAUUUAUAAUGAAUAUAAUAUUUCAAAAGAAGAAUUAUUAGAUAUCAUUUCGAAAAUCAAACCAUGCCUGCGAGACAACAGUAUCAAAUACAGAAUUACCCGCUUCACAAAAAUUUUAAAUGCCGAACCCUAUGAUUCUAAUGAAUCAGAAGCAUGA